AUGGUCAAGUAUUACGGUAGAUGUAAAUUGAAGCAAUUCAUAAAAUCUAAGCCGAUACGAUUUGGUAUAAAACUUUGGAUCUUGUGUAGCGUGAAUGGAUAUGUUUUUAAUUUUGAUAUCUAUUGUGGAAAGAAUGAGGAAGUUGACAAGUUAUCUAAAUGUGCAUUAGGAAACUUACUAGUCCAUUUGAAAAAAAUAGGACUUCAAGCAACCGGUACAGUAAAGGAAAACAGAGCAAGUGUGACAAACGUUUUAGAGAAAAAGGCACCUAGAGGUACUUAUGCAGUGCAAAAUGAUAAAAAUAGAGGAAUCAAUUUUAUCACUGUUCAAGAUUCAAAACCAGUUUCUAUACUAUCAACCGCAGCUAGUAUCACUCCACAAA